CUAGGUGGCGCUAGGUGUUUUCUUCUUCCGUCAUUCUCAUUCGCUGCCUAGUUUUUCUUUUUGCAUUCGGCGUGCAUUCGGUAUGUGGUACUUUAGUAGGCUGUUUAAAUUUAUUCUCGUAAUGGCUGCCACGCUAAAUGUCUAGCUUAUUGGUUAUGUCAUGGACAUAGAAUCAGUGGUCGGAUGUGUAAUUAUUACAACUCAACAAGUGUGCGGAACAAUGGUCGCGUGAAUGCUUCUUAGUAUCAAUCUCCCUGGAACGUUUCCUCUUUCUUGUUUCCUUUUUUGGUAAUUAAGUUAUGGACUCGGCGUUUGUGUACUGUAUGCAGUAAAAACACAAUCUAUGCCCCGUGAAAAGUGUUCGCAUAGACCAUAUUGAGUGAUAAGUGGUUUGUUUGUUGAGUUAAAAUGACGGACAAUAGGUCUUCGUCAGCAUUGUUCAAGAGAGCGGAGCAGUUGAAAAGAUGGGAAGAAUCGGAUACAAACAAGCAGUCCCCGACUCCCCGGCGGGCUUCAAGAGUGCAGUUCUCAUCUGGCAUAGUGUUUUUGGCGGCAUGCACUGCUGGCGACAAGGACGAGGUGCAGCGACUGCUGAAACGCGGCGCAGACAUCAACACAGCGAACGUCGACGGGCUCACAGCACUCCAUCAGGCAUGCAUAGACGACAACCUGGAUAUGGUGGAGUUCCUCGUGACCCACGGCGCUGAUGUGAACCGUGGAGACAACGAGGGCUGGACUCCUCUGCACGCUACCGCUUCAUGCGGCUUUCUCAGCAUAGCUAGAUACCUCUUGGAGAACGGUGCGGACGUGGCUGCCGUCAACUACGAUGGCGAGGUCCCAGUCGACAUCUCCGAGAGCGAUGCCAUGGCUGACCUGCUACAGAAGAUUAUCGACGAGAAAGGUAAAGGUGUUGACUGCGAGAAGUCUCGCAAUGCCGAAGUGGACACGCUGCUGAGCGACGCCCGUAACUGGGCGGCAAACGGCUACGUCGAAGUCAGGGACCUGAACGGAGGCACCCCGCUUCACGUUGCCGCAGCUAAGGGAUACAUUGAUGUUGCUAAGAUCCUCCUUGAGGAUUGCAACGCUGAUCCCGAUGCAUUCGAUUAUGAGGGCUGGACGCCGCUCCACGCGGCCGCGCUCUGGGGACAGAAGGAAGCCUUCGCGCUCCUACUCAAGUAUGGAGCAGAUCCUCUCAUCAAGAACUACUCAGGCCAGACCUGCAUGGACCUAGUCGACCCCGGCAUGUCCGCAUGGCUCGCGGACGCGCUCAACAUGCAGCGCCGCAUGAACAACAACAACAACAAACGCAAACGCACGCCGCCGCAGCACGAAGCCAAGGGCGACAUCGAGAUCACGCCGCAAUCCGACAAAGUUGUCAAUGACAAGCAGCUCGCUAUCCCGGAGAUCAUAAAGACGGAGGGCAAGCCGCCGCGGGGCCGGCCGCCGUCGCCGGACUCCACCGAGACCGAGUCCUCGCCCGAAGAGGCUCCCUCUUGGCGCCGAUCCGCCUCCUUCCGUAAUAGGCAGCAAGAUACGCCUAGAGAUAAUAACAAGGCAGCCAACAACGUAGUCGAUGACACCAUACUCAGGAGGACACAUAGCUUUGAGAACGACAAGAGCUUCUACCAGCGGUAUCGUGACGUGACGGCACGCAUAAAGGCGUCGUCCUGUCCCUCAAUACCGCCACCGCAGCCCGCAGGCGAGAAGAAAAAUACUCAAGAACACACUAACAAUGCGACAGAGAGUACUAACGACGAUGUACAAACAAGAAUAAACCCAACGGAUAGACGAGAGCGAGACGUGAACACUUGGAGCGGGCCGACGACAACCACGCCCAACGCGAGUCCGACAAACACGACGACUACGACAACCGUCAGAAGUUCGUCGGAGAGCGUAGAGUCGAACACUAGCAAUUCGUCACCGAGCUCGACCACGCCCACCAAAUUGUCUCCAGGGAACAUAUUCAAGAACUUCUUCAAGUCGUUCGUUCCUCCCGUCCGAGACGAGGAAAGCGAAACUCAAAGGAAAGCGCACGCGAAACGCGUUCGUGAGACGCGACGAUCAACUCAAGGUGUUACGUUGGACGAGAUCAAGUCAGCUGAGCAGUUGGUGAAGAAGAAGGCUGGUAAUGGCACGACCGAGAGUCCCUCACCCGGGGCCCAGAAGAAGGAGGAGGCGCCAGCGGCCGCCGCGCCCCCGACCGCUGCAACGGCCUUGCCACAAGACAAUGGAGCGACGGCGCGCCCGAGCGGUGAGGCGGCGGUGUCGUUAGCGCUGGCGUCCGUGACCGCGACGGCCACCGCCACCAUCGCCGCCAACAGCGAGCGCCGCCCCUCGUGGCGGCUAAGACUCGACCCCACUAAUAAGUUUGAGCUAGAGGACGCGGGUCGGGCGUCACCGCGCACGGCCGCGACGGCGGCGGAGGCCACCGUCACGCUGCCGUACCGCAGGCUGCCCGCCAGCUCCAACACGAAUACCACCACCUCCUUGCCAAAAGACGAGAACAGGACAGAAUUCACUGGCGAAGAGGAGAAAGAACGCGAGAGCAGUACCGAGAGCAAGUCGUCGAGCAACGCGUCGCCGGCGAGCACGCAGGCCGCGCUCAACGUCAUCCAGCGCCGGCGCCGGCCGAAGCGACGCUCCACCGGCGUCGGACACGUCGAUAUGGAUGACAUUGUAAAUGACCGCGGCGGGGGCGGCGAGGGCGCCGACGCGGAUACCGAAGCACCACCGUCUGGCAGCGAACGCACAGAGGAGGGCGAAGACAAGGACUACAAGGCGCUGUACGAGGCGUCCGCGAGCGAGGUGCGCCGCCUGCGCGCGCUGCUCGCCACCUCCGAGCAGCAGCUGCGCGAGGCACGCGCCACCAUCACCAGGCUCACUCAAGUGAAUCAAAACUCGUUGUCUGAAAUCGAGAAACGAGAAAAAAGGGCCAUGGAAAGGAAAUUAUCAGAGAUGGAGGAAGAAUUAAAGUACCAACAAACGCUCCAAGCUGAAAACCAGCGAUUGAAGGACGAGAAUGGAGCCCUGAUCCGAGUCAUCAGCAAACUGUCCAAGUAAACGCACCGCCAUAACUUAGUAUAGCACGCCAAGUAUUGAUUGACAAAUAUCACCAUCAUCCCGGUACUCUGCAGUCUGUUAUCAAAAACACUACUUCCACGUCGCGUCGUGGCUAAGUGUCAUUCACGUUGACAGACGUCACUUAGUGUUGUUGUGUUUGGGAACGCCCUAUGUAGUAUAACCCUAAAUUACUCGUAUUUUAAAUGUGUAUAGUCCGCCGAAAUCUUUUGCUGCUAUCUAAAAUGAUAUUUUACUUAUUAAUAAUAAUAAUU